CCAGGUUCUUCCCCCUGUAAAAUUUAAAACGAGAGAGUUGUCUAUUAGAAUGAAUUCGCCGGCGUUAGAAAACAUGGAAGUUGUUAGUUUGUUCAAUAUCAUACUCAUCAUCUCCUUUCUCCUCCCUGCGUUAAUUUUCAAAUCCAUCGUACAGAAACGUAAAACUCCAAGGAAUUUGCCACCUAGUCCUCCUGCUUUGCCAAUCAUAGGCCAUCUCCAUCUUCUAAAACAACCAAUUCAUCGAACUCUUCAUCAACUUUCAGAGAAAUACGGCCCCAUCCUGCUCCUUCAAUUCGGAACUCGCAAAGUCCUCGUAGUCUCCUCAGCAUCAGCAGCCGAAGAGUGCUUUACUAAAAAUGAUAUCAUCUUUGCCAACCGCCCUCAGUUGCUUGCUGGAAAACACAUGGAUUAUAACAAUAGCACGAUCGGAUUAGCGCCCUACGGUGAUUAUUGGCGUAACCUUAGGCGUCUCACCACCAUGGAGCUCUUCUCCACAAGCCGAGUUGCCAUGUUUGCUAACAUCCGGGGAGAGGAAGUUCGGUUAUUGCUAAAGGAACUAUUCCUGGCAGCGAUCCGGAAACCGGCUAAGGUGCAACUUACAUCAAAACUUAUAGAGGUUGUUUUCAAUAUUGUUCUAAGGAUAGUUUCCGGAAAGCGGUAUUACGGGAAAGAUGCAGUGGAUAAAGAAGCAGAGGAGUUUCGUGACAUCAUGAGAGAGGCUGUGGAGAUCCAUGGAAGCGCACAUGCGAAUGACUUUUUUCCUGUUCUGCAGUGGGUCGAUUUCCAAGGUGUGGAGAGGAGAAUGAAAGCAGCCAUGAAGAAACUAGACAAGUUCUUACAGUCUCUUCUUGAAGAGCAUAGAAGGAUGAGGGAAGAUUCAACCGAUCAGCCUUUGGGUUCAUCUGAUGGAAGCAACAAUGGGACAAAAACAAAUUUAAUCGAUAUCAUGUUAUCCUUGCAACAAACAGAACCGGAAUUCUAUACCGAUCAAACCAUAAAAGCAGUAAUCUUGUCAGUGAUAGGUGCCGGAACUGAAACUUCAUCGACUAUCAUAGAAUGGACUAUGUCACUUCUUCUCAAUCAUCCUGGAGCCCUCUAUAAAGCUUGGACUGAAAUAGCUGCUGAAGUUGGACAAUACAAGCUUUUAGAUGAAACAGACUUACCGAAGUUGAAUUAUUUACAAUCCAUAAUUUCUGAAAGUAUGAGAUUAUUUCCACCAACCCCAUUGCUCCUACCUCAUGAAUCAUCAGAAGAUUGUGUUGUUUGUGAUUAUAACGUGCCACGUGGAACAAUGUUAUUUGUCAAUGCGUGGACUAUCCAAAGGGACCCCAACCUCUGGGAGGACGCCGACAGAUUUAUGCCGGAGAGAUUCGUAGGUGGUGAACCUGAAGGGUAUAAAUUACUUCCCUUUGGUGUCGGAAGACGAGCAUGUCCCGGAGCUAAUCUAGGUAGAAAAGUGGUUGGACUGGUACUCGGCGCCCUGAUUCAGUCAUUUGAGUGGAAUAGGAUUGGGGAGGAGGAAAUCGAUAUGAAGGAAGGCACGGGACUCACCAUGCCUAAAGCUGAGCCCUUGGUAGCAUUGUGCAGUCCCCGCCCUGGCAUGUUCAACCUACUUUCCACAAUCUGAGAUGCCAUUACCAACACCUACGUGUGUGUACACAAGCAUAACGGGAAAUACUUUGUUCAACUUACUGCAUAUAAGCCCUGCUAAUUUACAUUCCUUCUGUCAAAUAAAAGUGAAGUGUGUUUACCCUAAACUGAAAAACA